AUGUCCCUCAAGGCCCUCGUCCUCUUCGCGGCCUCCGCCGCCGCCCACUUCGGCCUCGAAUUCCCCGAGUGGCGCGCCGACACCCUCAAGGCCUCCGAAGACUCCGGCUACAACCAGCGCAUCUACCCUUGCGCCAACGUCCCCGGCGACGCAGGCAACGUCACCGACUGGCCCCUCACCGGCGGCGGCCUCAAGCUCGACCUCCACCACCCCUGGAGCUACGUCUUCGUCAACCUCGGCCUCGGCCAAAACGCCUCCAACUUCAACAUCUCCCUGACCCCUCAGUUCUGGAACACCACCGGCAACGGCACCCUCUGCGUCCCCUCGCUGCCCGUCCACCUCGACGUCCAGGAGGGCCAGGAGGCUUCCAUCCAGGUCGUCACUACCGGCGACAGGGGCGAUGCGCUUUACAACUGCGCUAACAUCCGCUUCACGGCUAAUGCUAAGCCUUUCGGCGGCGAGGAGUGCAACACUAAUGGUGUUGAGUACUACGUUGUUGGCGCUGUUGAGAACCCCAAGACUAGCUCUGGUGAGGUCCCCGAGCCCUCCACCCAGGAUCAGGGUUCUGGUUCCGGUUCGGGUGACAGCAACAACUCGUCUGGUGGUGGCGAUUCCGGCUCGGGCGCCGCGACUGCUGGGUUCUCUACUUAUUCCCUUAUGUCUGCCGUCGGGUUGGCCGUUGCAUUCGUUGCCGGCCUGACUCUUUAA